AUGAAGGACGUCGCCAGGUUUGAGCUAGUCGAGAUCAUUCAGCGUGAGCUUCUCGACAUGUACCCUGGCCCCUUUGCGCAAGAGUACCUAGGCUUCACUGGGCCUUUGGGACGAUUUCUCGGGUUCUACACAGUAUUUGCCAAUGCCCUCUACGCAUACUCUGGUAUCGAAAAUAUAUCACUUGCAGCGGCCGAGACACAAAACGCUCGGCGAGUCAUUCCACAAGCCGCCAAGAGAGUCUUUUGGAGAAUUCUUAUAUUCUAUGUCUUGACAAUUUUCCUUGUUGGACUUGUCAUUCCCUCAGACAACGACAUGCUAUUCCAAUCCAAGGGAGCUGCUGCAUCGCCCUUUGUUAUUUCCGCCAAACUGGCAGGUAUCAAAGUCAUCCCACAUGUUAUCAACGCCAUCGUCAUCACUUCGGCGUGGUCGUGUGGUAUCAUGGGCAUGAUGAGCUACAUUCGAUACCUAUUCGGUCUAGCCAAGAAUGGCCACGCCCCCAAAGUCUUUCUACGGAUCAAUCGCUUUGGCAUUCCUUGGACCGCCGCCACUUUGUUUACUGUAUUCAUGGCUCUGGGGUAUCUCGCCACCUCCAAUGGCGCAGCACAAGUCUUCACAUGGCUGCAAGACUUGCUCUCCACCACCAUAUUAGUCAACUGGUCAGUUAUCUUGAUCACGUUCCUGCGCUUCUAUUAUGGAUGCAAGAAGCAGCGUAUCAGUCGCAAGGAGCUCCCAUACCAGUCACCCUUCCAACCAUACUACGCCUGGCCCUCUCUUUUCAUGUGCAUCCUGCUUCUGGUGACCGGCGGUUGGAAGGCCUUUCUCAAAGGCCGCUGGGACACACAUGCGUUCGUCUCUGCGUAUCUUAACGUGCCCUUUGUACUCGUUCUCUACCUCAGAUACAAGUAUAUCAAGAAGACCAAGAUUAUCCCCCUUGACCAGAUCCCAAUUCGACCCCUGCUUGAGAUUGCACACGCCGAUCCGUCGCCCCCGCUCAAAUCUAAGAAGGGUUGGAGGAAACUCAACAUUCUUUGGUAA